UAGUCUUCUAAUCCUCUUAUCCGCCAGCUAGCGAGUGUCACCGAGUGAAAGUCUGUGUUCCCGGCCGGAGGUUGUGAGUGUUGUUCGCGGUGUGUUUACCCUGUUGGCUGAUCAUGGCGGGAGUGUUGGAUGCGCUUUGGGAGGACAGAGAUGUUCGCUUCGACAUCACACCACAACAGAUGAAAACCAGGCCGGGUGAGGUCCUCAUCGACUGCCUGGAUUCAAUCGAAGACACUAAAGGAAAUAAUGGCGAUAGAGGAAGACUCCUGGUGACCAAUCUAAGAAUCAUCUGGCAUUCUGUCGCCUUGCCAAGGGUUAACUUAUCUGUAGGAUACAAUUCUGUCAUAAACAUCACGACAAGAACAGCAAAUUCAAAAUUGAGGGGGCAGACUGAAGCUCUCUACAUCUUGACGAAAUCUAAUAACACAAGAUUUGAGUUUAUCUUCACCAACGUCAUUCCUGGAAGUCCAAGACUCUUCACGUCCGUCAUUGCUGUACACAGGGCUUAUGAGACGUCCAAAAUGUACCGGGAUCUCAAAUUAAGAGCAGCUUUGAUUCAGAAUAAGCAGCUGAGAUUACUGCCACGUGAACAAGUGUAUGAUAAAAUCAACGGAGUUUGGAAUUUAUCCAGUGAUCAGGGUAACCUGGGCACUUUCUUCAUUACUAAUGUGAGGAUAGUGUGGCACGCCAACAUGAACGAAAGCUUCAACGUCAGCAUUCCUUACUUGCAAAUACGCUCUAUAAGGAUUAGAGACUCCAAGUUUGGACUUGCGCUUGUGAUCGAGAGCUCUCAGCAGACAGGUGGGUAUGUACUGGGUUUUAAGAUCGAUCCGCUGGACAAGUUACAGGAUGCAGUGAAGGAAAUAAACUCUCUUCACAAAGUCUAUUCUGCAAACCCAAUUUUUGGUGUGGAAUACGAGAUGGAGGAAAAGCCACAGCCGUUGGAGGAGCUAACAGUGGAGCAGCCUCCUGAUGAUGUCGAGAUCGAGCCAGAUGAACAGACUGAUGCUUUUACAGCAUAUUUUGCUGAUGGCAACAAGCAACAAGAUCGGGAGCCAGUGUUCUCCGAAGAGCUGGGUUUAGCAGUGGAGAAGUUAAAAGAUGGCUUCACGCUGCAAGGACUUUGGGAGGUCAUGGGUUGAAAAGAUGGAAUCGUACUACAGUGGAUAUAAAAAGUGUACACACCCCAUUAAAAUGAUAGGUUUUUCUGAUGUUAAAAUUUUUUUUUUUUUAAAU